UGGCAAGCUGGAUUAUUACAUGCCUCUUUGAAGUUUGUGGGGUAACGCUGAUUUCACAAUGGGUUCCAUCAGUGCAGCAAAUGCAGAAUUUUGUUUUGAUGUAUUCAAAGAGUUGAAAUUUCACCAUCCCAAUGACAACAUCUUUUAUUGCCCCUUGAGCAUGAUUGCAGCCUUGGCCAUGGUCUAUCUGGGAGCAAGAAAUAACACUGAGGAUCAGAUGGAGAAGGUUCUUCACUUUGACAAAAUUGCAGGACUUGGAAGUAUCCAGACCAAGGUACAGAAGUCGAAGUGUGGCAAGUCUGUGAAUAUCCACCUACUGUUUAAAGAAAUUCUCUCUGAUAUCACUGCACCAGAAGCCAAUUAUUCACUGCACAUUGCCAACAGACUUUAUGCUGAAAAGACAAGUCAGAUCCUACCGGUCUACUUAAAGUGUGUGAAGAAGCUGUACAGAUCUGGUCUAGAAACGGUCAACUUCAAAACAGCAUCAAGUCAAGCCAGACAACGCAUUAAUUCCUGGGUGAAAAAUCAGACAAAUGGACAGAUCCAGGAUUUCCUUGAACCAAGCUCUGUUAAUCCUCAGACUGUGCUGGUCCUUGUGAAUGCCAUUUACUUCAAAGGGAUAUGGAAAACUGCAUUUAAAGAAGAACACACUUGGGAAGUGCCCUUCAAUGUGACAGAGCAAGAGAGCAGAACAGUGCAAAUGAUGUAUCAGAACAGCACCUUCAAAGUGGCAAGAGUGGCUGAAGACAAAAUUAAGAUCUUGGAGCUUCCGUACACCAGUGGAGAGCUGAGCCUGUUGGUGCUGCUGCCUGAUGACAUCUCUGGCCUGGCACAGCUGGAGAAUAAAAUCAGCUAUGAAAAACUCAUGGAGUGGACCAGUUCCAAUGUGAUGGAAAAGAAGAGGGUGAGAGUGUACCUCCCACGCAUGAAGAUUGAGGAGAAAUAUAACCUCACAUCUGUCUUGACAUCCUUGGGUAUGACCGACCUGUUCAGCCCCUCAGCCAACCUCUCUGGCAUCUCUUCAGCAGAGAGCCUGAGGAUAUCUGAGGCCAUCCACCAGGCAUACGUGGAAGUCACUGAAGAGGGCACUGAGGAGGCUGGGUCAGCAGAUGACAUAGAAGACAUCCAACAGUCCUCUGAGGUUGAAGAGUUCAGGGCUGACCACCCAUUCCUUUUCUUGAUCAAACACAAUCCAAGCAACCUGAUCCUUUUCUUUGGUAGAUAUUGUUAUCCCUAAAGAGAAAAGGGCUGGAAAUAAUGCUUGUCUACCCUAAGAAACAGACCCCCUUUACUCUAGUAUUGUAGUAUAAUAUCAUCUCUUCAAUAUUUUCUGAAAGUGGAAAGGCUACUCUAAGUUGUGCCCUUUCCUGAAGCUUCCAUAGCAAAGACACACCUGCAGGUGAGGAAGCAGCAGCAGUGUGUUUGCUCCUUUCCCUUCUCAGACUGGUUUCAGUGUUUAGUGAGCCAAGCAAAGACUAAGCCCGUAGAGAGCACAGACCCUCACAGGCCAGGAAGGGGUCAAAUGAUUUUCACUUGAAGACAUAGUUGCAGACAGGGCUCCAAGUCUUUGGUAUUCCAUUAUGUAGAAAGCCAUGGGCUAUGCUCAUCCUGUUCCCUGGUACUAUCCUGCUAACAAACCCAUGCAGUUCCCAAAGCACUGGCUUUGAGAUCCCCAGUCUGGAGGAGAUGCUUGUGGACAAGAUUCUGCUAUGCAGGAUAUUAAUUGGUACCUGCAUAAAUUUUUUUUUUUUUUUUUACUUACCUGUUGAGAAUGAUGCACAUAUCCACUAUGACCAGAGUUGUCCUCUUACCAUGAGGACCUCAUGUAAUACUGAAUUUCUUUCAGAGGUUCUCCAAAGUCAUGGGGAUUUUCCCUUCUACUUCAGAAUGUUCAAGGAGAUCUAACUUUGUCUAGGUGCAGUGUCUUGUCACAGAGCAUAGAUCCAAAGCCUGAAACAUGGAUAUCUCGAUGAUCCAGGACACAGAACCGCCAAGAAAAAGAGUUAUAUGAAUUCUUGUUUAAAACAUUGGAAAUCUCUUCAAAUUUGAGAACAUUUUUAUUUUUGUAGAAAAUCCUGUAAGGGAUGUUAAAAAAAUCUGAUUUCUCAGUGGGAGUUUUGUGAAUAAAUACAGCUUUAAAAAUAAUUUUAAAAAGCUUUAAAAACAAUUCUUGUCUCUGUUGACCUUGCUUAACAAGUAAACUUCUAUUUGUUCCUGGAAAGCUCUCAGCUGUUCAAAACUCAAGAACGUUAUUAUUCCAUGAAUGUAGCCGGGUUUCUUUGUCCCUAUGGUAGUUCAAGACGUCUCUUGUUUUCAAGAAAUACAUGAGAAUCCUAAUUGUCUCUGUCUUUUUCUAUGUGUCCACUUGUAUCUCCAAAUAUGGAUCUAUUGGCAUAAUAUUAUGACCUGUUUUCAUUCUAAUCAUAUGUUACUGAUUUUGAUGCACAUAAUUGAUUUUUUCUUUCUUAACACAAUAAAGUCACAAGUGCUUGUCAUGAAAUUAUGAGAAUUUUCCUAAUUUUCUGGAUGGCUAGCCCUUAAAUAUUAUCAUAUUGGUAACUGUUGUGAGAAAAUGGGAUUAGUACAAAAUCCUCCAGUUUUUAGUGUGAAUAAAGUAUGUAGAUAUGAAGUUUCCCAC